AUGCAGAGGGUCAACCUCUCAACGGUAUCUGAAUUUGUUUUCGUGGGCCUCUCUGAUGCUCCUGAAAUCCAUUUGCUUCUCUUUGUGCUGUUUCUGCUCAUUUAUUUGGCCACCAUGACAGGCAACAUCACGCUCCUCGUCGCCAUUAGCACCAACUCCCACCUGCACAGCCCCAUGUACUUCUUCCUCAGCAACUUAUCCCUGCUGGAUCUCUUAUGCCCCACCAUCACCGUGCCCAAGAUGCUGGGAGCCUUGCUGCUGGAGCACAAAGAGAUUUCCUUCUCUGGCUGCCUGCUCCAGCACUUUUUCCUCAUUGCUGUGGUGGGCACGGAGAUUUUCCUCCUGACUGUGAUGGCCUACGACCGCUACAUGGCCGUGUGCCACCCCCUGAGGUACCCGAGCAUUGUGAGCACAAAGCUCUGCGCUCAGCUGGCCGUGGGCACCUGGGCAGUAGGUCUUUUGAACUCCCUGCUGCACACCUCUCUGGUUUUCACGCUCUCUUUUUGUGGUCCUAACAAAAUCCAGCAGUAUUACUGUGACAUUCCUCCCGUGCUGGCCCUCUCCUGCUCAUCUACCCGCAGCAGGGAGUUGGUGAUCCUGGUGGUGGCCGGGGUGCUGGGGAGCAGCGCCUGUGUGGUCACUGUGGUCUCUUACAUGUAUAUCCUCCUGGAAAUCCUGUCCAGGAACUCCCCCGGGAUCUGGCAAAAGGCUUUCUCCACCUGUGGUUCUCACCUGACCGUAGUCUGCCUUUUCUACGGGACCACCAUCUGCACCUACGUCCGCCCUUCCUUCACCUAUUCCCCGCCUCGGGACAGGGUCGUUUCCAUGCUCUAUGGAAUGCUCACCCCGCUCCUAAAUCCCAUCAUCUACAGCCUGAGGAACAAAGAGGUGAAACGUGCCCUCAGAAGAGUGAUCAGCCGGGUGAGAAGUGCUUUAACGAGGGAAGAAAACCUCGCCCAGUCUCCACAAUCAGCUGGGUAG